ACAAUUUGAUGACGUAUGUACGUGUCUUUUGCAGGGACUCGGCCAGGAUGUUCUCAUGGGGACCAAAGAAGAAGAAUGGGGCAACGCGUUGAACGUGCGUGACAAAUCCUCGAUGGGAGUAGUGUUGAGGGAUCGUUUGAUGACAGAUGCCGCCCUCGGAGGUCCACGACCGAUCAAGUCCGAGCAUAAUUACAGCCUGUUGACGUCGAGCCCUCCGCCGAGCCCCGCGACACCCGGUGCCAACCCCCAUACGCCCAAUUCCGGGUCGUCCGUCGAUAGGGUUGACGCUCCUCUCUCCGCCACCAGUUCCUCCAUCGAUUCUACUAACCUAGAUCACCACAAAUCGUUGGACAUUCGAAGCAGAAUCGAUGACAUGGAAGCGGAGUGUUUCCCAGCGAUCUCGAUGAACCACGCGUCGGACAGCGACGAGUUACCCUCGUCGUCGUCCGCGUCCACUACCUCAACGAUUAUCCUAAAGGGAAGAAACAACUUAGUACCUGAAGACGUGGAGUGCAUAGAGAUCAAGGACGAGCCGAUCAGCGCACCCAGCAGCCCCUCUGAAUCCUGUCGAUCGGCCAUGGCCGACGACAAAAGCCCGAUAACCAUGGUGUUCUCUCAGAAUCUUCAUUUCUCUAAGAACCACGUGUCGCAGACGAGCGACAGCGAGGAGGACGACGAGGAAUAUUACGAGAGUAUGAAGGUGGAGGAGUAUCACGGAGAGGCAAGCGAGGAGAAACAGGCGGAUCUGCGCGGCUCCAGGCAGGGUCUGCCGCCAACGCCGCCGAGCAGCGCGAGCUCCGACAGCGAGGGCACCGCUUCCGCUUCCUGCUCGCCGGAACGCCGAGAUUCCCAGAGCUCCGCGCACGCACAGAAUCUCAGGGGCUUGCUCACGCCCAGACUUUACAUCACCAACGGCACGCACACCACCAGACAGCCGAUACACACACCCUUGAUUUCCUGUCAACCGGUCAGUCGGACCAGCAAUCUCUUUUUAUUCGCGCAAUUUUUUUUUUUUUUUCUUUUUUUAGAUAUCUUAUCACGAACCUUCAUAUACUCCGGCUUGUAGAAAAUAUCGUAAUUCGACGCCGUAAUGUGACUAUCAAUGAUUAUAUUUAGUAUAUAAAGACGAAGUAACAUGGUAAAAUAAGUUGUCAAUAAAUAAUC